CUUUUCUCCCUCUUCUCAAAUCUCGUCCUUGGUUCGCCGGUUGUUCUUCCCUUCAUUUCUUUUAUGCUGUGUCGUCGUCUAGCCUUGUCGAUUUACCACCUGAGAAGUAUUGUUGUGCGGCUGGGACCUUACUGGGUUUCCGAUCUCUCUUUGAUCUGGAGUGUCAUGUUUAGUGUGUUCUAAUUGUUGAAGUGGCGCGUCUACACGCCGUGUAGAGUAAAUCUGCUUGAAUUUUCGGUUGAUUUGAUUCCUGUGGGUUACAUGUCAGAUUUUUGCGUCUGUUGUUAUGGUUCUCGGCUUCUUACGAGGUCGAUUUGUAUGGAUUUUGCAGUUUCAGAUAUGGCAGGACUAGCACCAGAUGGCUCCAACAAUUUUGAUGCCAAGAGCUAUGAUCAAAAGAUGAGCGAAUUACUUUUGGCUGAUGGACAGGACUUCUUUGCUUCUUAUGAUGAGGUCCACGAAACUUUCGACUCUAUGGGCUUGCAGGAGAAUCUUCUUAGGGGCAUUUAUGCAUACGGUUUUGAAAAGCCAUCUGCUAUCCAGCAGAGGGGAAUCGUUCCCUUUUGCAAGGGGCUCGAUGUGAUUCAGCAAGCCCAGUCUGGAACUGGAAAGACUGCUACUUUUUGUUCUGGUAUCCUGCAACAACUUGAUUAUGCCCUGGUAGAAUGCCAGGCUCUUGUCUUGGCUCCAACUAGGGAGCUGGCCCAGCAGAUUGAGAAGGUUAUGCGUGCACUCGGUGAUUAUCUUGGUGUCAAGGUCCAUGCUUGUGUUGGUGGAACCAGUGUCCGUGAGGAUCAGCGCAUCCUUUCCAGUGGAGUCCAUGUCGUUGUUGGUACCCCUGGUCGUGUUUUUGACAUGCUUCGUCGACAAUCCCUUCGUGCUGAUUCCAUCAAGAUGUUUGUCUUGGAUGAAGCUGAUGAAAUGCUUUCCCGUGGAUUCAAGGACCAGAUCUAUGACAUUUUCCAGCUGUUGCCACCAAAGAUUCAAGUCGGUGUGUUCUCUGCAACAAUGCCACCAGAGGCUCUGGACAUCACCAGGAAGUUUAUGAACAAACCAGUUAGGAUCCUUGUGAAGCGUGAGGAGCUCACCUUGGAAGGUAUUAAGCAGUUCCAUGUCAAUGUGGAUAAGGAAGAGUGGAAGCUGGAGACACUCUGCGAUCUCUACGAGACCCUAGCCAUCACCCAGAGUGUCAUCUUCGUGAACACCAGGCGCAAGGUCGACUGGCUGACCGACAAGAUGAGGAGCAGAGACCACACUGUCUCUGCCACUCACGGUGACAUGGACCAAAACACUAGGGACAUCAUCAUGAGGGAGUUCAGGUCUGGCUCAUCCCGUGUCCUGAUCACCACGGACCUCCUUGCCCGUGGUAUUGAUGUCCAGCAAGUCUCCCUGGUCAUCAACUACGACCUCCCAACCCAGCCUGAGAACUACCUCCACAGGAUUGGUCGUGGUGGUAGGUUCGGAAGGAAAGGUGUGGCUAUCAACUUUGUCACCAAGGAUGACGAGAGGAUGCUCUUUGACAUCCAGAAGUUCUACAAUGUGGUGAUCGAGGAGCUCCCAGCCAAUGUUGCGGAUCUUCUGUGAGGAAAGGCAUUUUGAUGUGUUGCUGCCUUCCUUUGCCUUGAAUGAAUGAGUGAGUGAAGAGAGAUUAUGAUGGAUGGGAGACUAUGUGAACCGGUGUCUUUGUACUCUCUUUUAUCUUCGUUUUUUAUGUUUUGAUGCUUUCUUUUUUGGGUUGGGACUUGGUAGUAUUCACUAUGGAGAGUAGAAGGCUUGUUCUGUUGUGAAAUUGUUCCAAUUUUGAAUUUUAGCAGCUAGUAGUUGGGUUGCAUUGUGGAAUACUUUUAUUUAAUACAGAUGUCUGUAUUUUUCAUCCGUUGCUUCCUUCAUGGUGGGUUCUCAGCUUUUCGACGAUUGCUCCUAGUUUGCGGUUGCCUGUGAUGACGGGAACUUGGCAAGCUAGCAAUCAGCUUAGCAAUGAAGGAACUCCUUUUCUUUUAGUUCUUGUCAGUUUUCGGAUUGUUGUCGAAAUCACAAUGCACUUUCUGAACCUUGUCAGUUUCCACUUGGAUCUGAAUAGCGUAGAAAUGUGGAAACUGACAUAAGUAGUUGUGG